AUGCACCAGGCACCAGGCAUCAAGCAUCAGGUAUCGAUUCUGUUCUUCCAGGAGGUGGCAGUGGGUGUUCCUGUGGAGGGUUAUGGAGACACCGUUGACUCUCAAACAAGAAAUUUCUUCGUUUCCCUCAAGCGCAGAAGCCACGCCGGCGCAUCUUGCAACCCACGAUACAUGGUUCGCACGCUGCAAUAUACUUCCCACGCCUUGGUCGUGACUUGCUGUGGACCAGUCGAGGGACAUCAAGGCCAAGAUGGCGGUACUCAAUGCGAUCUUGAUGAGUACUAUGUCUGCGACGUGGCAGGCGGCAUGAACCUGGUGCCAAACACUUCAAUAUGUGACGUUCUGUUGACGAAGUUUGCCGAACCCGAUGCUUCAUCAAGCGGCAAGGCAUCAUCACCGAUCGAAACAGAAGACAGCCUCUUCAGAAUAAAGCUAUCAUGCGGCAGUGGUGAAUCUGAAUUGCCGCUGAAGAACGUUACCCCAUCGCCAGCUCCAGUACGGAGCGCGGAGUAG